AUAUCAUCGGGCCGUUCGGGGAGUGGAGACGUUUUCUUUUCGCAGUUGUCAUAUGAUUAAAAGCAGAAAAGUUAAAAUGUUACAAAGUUGCCUAAUUUUCUCGCUGUUUAUUGCAGCCAUUCAAGCCACUGGCGAAUUCACCGUGCUGAACAGCCCCAAAGCAAUCAGCUUCAAGGGCAGCGAUGCACUGGAGAGCGCCUACGUUGGCGAUGUACUCUACGCUGCCAUGGGCAAUGCCGUCACUGGUGACUCAAAAUGGGGUGGCAUGAGAAUCAACGAUCCCUUUGAUCUAGCCAAGGGCGUGAUUGCCAUUCAUGUGCAAGGUGCAAGCCAUGUGACGACAUCAGGCAAUGCGAAAACCUAUGAACUGGUUGGCUCCAACACUCACACCUCACUCAAUGCCUUGGCAGCUGAGUUGGAGGCAGCCAAUGAGCCCGUUUGCGACAUCAAUUUCGAGCAAUACGAUAGUGGAGUGCAGUCAUUCAAAUCGUGUUUCGGUAACUCCGAGGCUGUUGCUGCAAACCCCACCAAGAACCUGAAUCCUGCUCUCCACAACGCUGACAAACAGUUCCUGCAGGAAAUUGGUUAUAUCAAUGCUGCCGCCGAGAAUUUGGCUGAGAUGCUGAAGCCCUCGAAUGUGCUGAUUAUUCGUCUGUCCGUCGAUGGUAUUGCCAAGGCUCAUGGCGAGAAGUCAGUUGCUGUCGAUGAGGCCAACAAAUUGCUCUCCGCUGCCAUUGGUCGUUUGCUUGCCGCUGCUCAAAAGUCCAGCGACUCUGUGCUCUUCGUCCAGUCUACCGAUAAGGAUGCGUCAUCCAAUCUUUCUCGUGCCAGGCGCGAAGUCUUGAAGGCUGAUGCAAGCAAUCCCUACAACUUGGCCACCACCUACAAUGACGACUAUCCAGUCAUCUUCAACAUCAUUCUUUGGUUCAUGGUCAUCUUUGGUCUGUCCCUUUUGGCCAUAUGCUAUGCCAUUGCUGCCAUGGAUCCCGGCAGAGAUUCCAUCAUCUACCGCAUGACCUCCACCAGAAUCAAGAAGGACAACUAAGUGGAGCACAUUUACAAUCCAAAACAAAAACAAGUCAUUUGUUAUUUGCUCUUUUCCUUUUAAGUUUCCCCCCUUACCACCAACAAAAAAGAAAAGCAAACCAACCAAGCAAAUUCUAUUCAAAUUAGAGGACAAAUUGUGUGUGCGUGUGUGCAGCCAAAUGUUUGUUGGCUCAAUAUAAUAAUAAGUAUUACUAUACAACAUCUUUUCAGUUUGUGCAUUGCUGUUGCAGUUGGAAGUGUUUAGCAGCAAAAAAGAAAAAGUAAUUCCAUAUUAAUUUGUUAAAUAUUUUCGUUUUGUUUGUACUUUUUAGGCUUAUAUAUUAAUUACAUACAUACAACUACCUUCACGUCAGUCAGUUUCGUCUUUAUUCAAAAGCAUCAUAUGUAAAUUGUCAAGAGUGUAUAAUGUUAGACAAAUUUAAACGUCACGUUAAAUAUAUAUAACCUAAAAAGACCA